AUGAUUGGUGAUGCUUUGGAUGUGUUGGAAAAAUAUAUCAAAGAUGGCGUAGAUUUAAAUAUAGAAAUGUGUAAAUUCACUAGUCGAUGUUACGAAUUGUUUUUAAAUCAGCAAUUACCUAUUAGCGUUCGAUUAACUGCGAUUAAGUGUAUCGGUUAUUCAUUAUCCAAUGCAGAACCAUCUUUUGUGCUGCAAUCGUUAAAUACAAUAUUAGCUCCUCGGCUUCAAAGACUUCAAGGAAUCGUCGAUGGUCAAUGUACGUCCAGUUCAUCUUCUUUAGAGGCUCUCGAAGCAGAAUGUUUAUUUGAAAUAUCUGUUUUCUCAUCGCUAAUGGCUACCCUGAAGAUAAAGAUAAAAUCAGAAUCUGAUUCAAAUUUAAAUUUAUCAGUUGAUACCGAAUCGCCAGCGCUUAUCGUUUUGCAACAAUCUAUACCAUUUUUUCGUGAUUUAAUAGCAAAAUUUUCUUCUUCUGAAACUCUCGUUGAUAAAGUUUGUGAUGCAUUAAGAUCGGGGCUUGCUGUUGUCGAUAGAAAUUAUGCAUUGAUUAUAAAAUAUUACUGCGAGGUUAUUGAUGAAAUAUUAUUAAAACAUGUGGAUAUCGUGUCGAAUUUUGCUAAAAGCGUUAUUUUAAUAUUUGCUUCGACAGAUGUUUCAUCGAUAUUAUUUUCGUCACUAGUGAAAUGGCUUGAAGAAAUCAAUAGGACUGGUGAAAGUGAAAUCGCCGAAGGGUACAUUGAUCUUAUUUAUCAUCUUAUCAAAAAAAGUUGGAAUUUAUUUUUGGUCGAUCAAAAUAAUUCACUUUCGGCAUUGGAAAAUGUGGUUAAUAUUGCACUAAAGAAUUUGGCAAAAAAUCCAUCAAAUCCACUUUUAACUCGUAAAAGUGCAGCAUUAUUAACGAUUUUAAUUUUAAAAGCAAGCGAUAUAUUUGAUGAAUUAUUUCAAAGAAAUGCUCAACGUAUUGUUACAAUAUUAUUUUCACAAAUUAAAAUUGAAAUGAUACAAGCAACGAUUGAAUCAAUCGCUGAAGCCUUAAUGAGCAGAGAGUACUGUCAGAAUACUCAGGGUACACUUUUAACAGCUCCUCGGCUAUCACUUUUGAUAACAGAGAUAUCAUAUAUUGCUGAACUUCCAUAUGGAACAUCACAUUUCGUUGCAAUACUCAAAGAAUGUUAUCGAAAACGACAAUUUAAGCAGUUAUGUAUUGUGUUUAAUCAGUCAGUUCGUAAAGAAUUACAAAGUGGAUAG